UACAUAUUUAUCGGAUAAGGCAAAUACAAACACUUCCCAUCCCUUCCCUUCCCUUCCCUUCAAGUUUGAACCUCAUUUCCUCUUCAAUCUUCAUACCAUGUUCUCUGCAACUGUAAACUCCCUCAUACCCAUCUCCCUUUCCAAUUCCAGUAAGCCUUUCUCCUCUUCUUUCCUCAGCCCUUGUCUUCCUCUCUUCAUUUUCCAAUCACCCUUUUCAAAAACCACCGUAAAACCCAUUUCAGCCACUCUUAUCCCCGCCUCUCCCUCGCCUUCUAAUCAGCAACUGUAUCAGCCCUUUAGGCCUCCUCCUUCCCCUAUCCCUUCCCAGUAUGGCUCCUUGGACACUGCCUCUCGUCUCGAUAUUCUCACCAAUCGUCUUGGCCUCUGGUAUGAAUACGCCCUUUUAAUCCCUUCUCUCAUUCAAGAAGGCUUCACCCCACCAUCCAUUGAGGAAUCUACUGGCAUUCCUGGGGUUGAGCAAAACCGUCUUGUGGUUGCAGCUCAGGUUCGUGAAUCUCUUGUUCAAUCUAACACUGAUCCAGAAAUUGUUUCCGCAUUUGAUACUGGUGGAGCUGAGCUACUUUAUGAAAUUCGUCUCCUGAGCGCUACACAGCGGAAUGCAGCCGCCCGCUUCAUUGUUGAGCAUAAGUUAGAUGCCAAGGGCGCUCAAGAUCUAGCACGUGCCAUGAAGGAUUACCCUCGUAGGCGCGGAGAGAAGGCAUGGGAGAGCUUUGAUUACAAUCUCCCUGGAGAUUGCCUGUCGUUUAUGUAUUACAGGCAAGCUAGAGAGCAUAAUAAUCCAUCGGAGCUAAGGACAAAUACUUUGGAGAUGGCAAUGGAUGUUGCAGAGUCUGAAAAGGCAAAAAGUGCGGUCUUGGGCGAACUUAAACGGGAGGGCGAAGGAGAAGAUGCGAAGGAAGAGGAAACUGGGGAUGGAGUUCGUGUUCCAGUAGUGAGAUUGAGGAUUGGUGAGGUUGCAGAGGCUACUAGGGUAGUAGUUUUACCUGUUUGUAAAGCAGAGGAGAGGGAAAGAGAAAUUUUAGAAGCUCCAUGGGAGUGCAGGACAGAGGGUGAGUUUGGUGUGGUUGCGGCAGAGAAAGGGUGGAAAAGGUGGGUGGUAUUGCCAAGUUGGGAGCCAUUGGUGGGGUUGGAGAAAGGGGGAGUGGUGGUGGCUUUUGCAGAUGCAAGGGCUCUGCCAUGGAAGGCAAAUAGAUGGUACAAGGAAGAGGCUAUCUUGGUGGUGGCUGAUAGGGGGAGGAAGGAGGUGAAUGUGGAUAGUGGAUUUUAUUUGAUGGCUGUUGCAGAUAAUGGUGAUGGUCGUAGUGGUGCACUGAAGGUGGAGAGGGGUUCAGAGUUGAAAGAAAGAGGUGUUGGGGAGAGUUUAGGGACAGUGGUAUUGGUGGUUAGACCACCAAAAGAAGAGACUGAUGAUCAAUUGAAUGAUGAAGAUUGGGAAUGAAAAGGAGAGUGAGAUAGCACGCCAUGUUGAUCUUUGAUUGUCCGGAGGAUAUUGCUGGUAAUCUACCAUUAUAAUAAAGGAAACUUGAAACCUAGUUAUGCUGGUGUAAUACUUUACAUGUGUUAUUUCUAAGAGCCAACGGUUUAUUAUUUUUUUUGGCAAAAGGAACUUCUUGAUAACUAGAAAGAUCAAGGAUUUGCGAUUCAUUGUCCUUUCACAUUUUUUGCUAUCAUGAUUGUGUAUAUUGGAUUGUUCA